GAGAUCAAAACAUCUUGCGUAGGAACCAAGACGAAUUCAUUUUCCUCCCCCCAUUUUUCGGUUAGUGUGGUACGACCCAUCCUCCCUGCCUCCAUAUUUGGGAAUAAGCGAGGACCUGGGUGGGGUCAAAAGAACGCAGUUGAAAGCAGGGACUUCUACAGCUCCGCGCCCUCGCGGGUUGGUUCGUAGCCAAUGAGGGCGAAGCAAGAAGGGGAGCGUGUGGCCAAUGACAAGGCUCGACCGCUGAGGCGGAAGGGGCGGGAGCGAAGUCUCGGGGUAGAGGGAUUUUGUGGGAGAGUUCGGCGUGAUCGUCUCGCCUCCAUCCCGCCCCUGUGGCGGCUGGGAGUCUCCCUUGCGCGCGACUGCCGCAUCUCCAGGGGAUACACAGCGCCCCUUUUCCCUUCCAGGCGCGCUCCGGGCGGGUGUAACCCGGAAGGAGCCUCUAGAACCGGAAACUCCCCCAAUAACCUCCCCCGCCUUUCUCCAGCGCCCCCUCCUGGCUUGUAUCCCCCUCAUUCAUCAUUUGUUUCUCCACCGUCCAUAGAUCUUAGUGCUUCCUAUAUCCUUUUUUAAGCAGCAUCAGGCUCCAGUUCCCUCCAUCCUCGUUACUUAGGACAUCAUUCGCACUGGGCAGAGAGUUCCCUCAAAUUUCUUUUCUGUCCUCUCCUCCUCUCUGCAAAUUGUUCACUUCCUAGUCUCCUCUGCAGUAUCUACCCUGUCAGCCUGCAUUGCCAUAUCAGCUCUUCUUUCCUGGUUAUUUUUUUUAAAAUAACUUUUGUUUCUCACUAUGGAUUCUUCCCAUUCUUCUUCUAUGGAUUCAACGAUGCCUGCAAUGAUAUCUCCAUCUCUGCAAGAUUCCUGGAUGUGAAGAGCUCCUUGUCUCCAAUAUUUAUGUAGGGCCCAGCAGCACCAUGUCUGAACUGAAGGAUUGUCCCCUUCAAUUCCAUGACUUCAAGUCUGUGGACCACCUUAAGGUGUGCCCACGCUAUACCGCAGUAUUGGCCCGUUCUGAAGAUGAUGGUAUUGGCAUUGAAGAGCUUGACACACUACAGUUGGAGCUUGAAACGUUGCUGUCAUCUGCAAGCCGCCGACUUCGGGUGCUGGAGACUGAAACCCAGAUCCUGACAGACUGGCAAGACAAGAAAGGAGACAGGCGAUUUCUGAAAAUCAGCAAGGACCAUGAGGUGGGUCCUUCUAUCAAACAUAGCAAGCUCAAGAAGCAGAAGCUAGAUGUGAAAGGAAGUCACAGCACUCCGGGCCGGCCCAAAUCCAAGAACCUGCAGCCUAAAAUCCAAGAGUAUGAAUUCUCAGAUGAUCCAAUUGAUGUGCCCCGUAUUCCCAAAAAUGAUGCACCCAACAGAUUCUGGGCCUCAGUGGAGCCAUACUGUGCUGAUGUCACCAAUGAAGAGGUUCGUACCUUAGAAGACCUUCUCAAGCCUCCUGAAGAUGAAGCUGAACACUACAAGAUCCCACCCCUGGGAAAACAUUACUCCCAGCGCUGGGCCCAGGAAGACAUGCUGGAGGAGCAGAAGGAUGGGGCUCGGGCUGCAGCUACUGCCGAUAAGAAGAAAGGCAUCCUUGGACCUCUGACAGAACUGGACACUAAAGAUGUUGAUGCUUUGUUGAAGAAAUCAGAGUCCCAGCAUGAACAGCCAGAGGAUGGGUGCCCCUUUGGACCUCUCACCCAGCGCCUUCUACAGGCACUUGUAGAAGAGAACAUCAUCUCCCCCAUUGAAGAUUCGCCUAUUCCUGAGAUAGCAGGCAAAGAUUCUUCAAUUGAUGGUGCCAGCACUUCUCCCCGCAGCCAGAACAAGCCCUUUAGCGUACCCCACACAAAGUCUCUAGAAGGCCGCAUCAAAGAAGAGCUGAUCGCUCAAGGACUGCUGGAGUCUGAGGACCGGCCUGCAGAGGACUCCGAGGACGAAGUCUUAGCCGAGCUGCGGAAGAGACAGGCUGAACUCAAAGCCUUAAGUACCCACAACCGGACCAAGAAAGUUGAGCUGCUUAGGCUGGCCAAGGAGGAACUGCAUAGGCAGGAGCUGCGGCAACGCGUGCGCAUAGCCGACAACGAGGUCAUGGAUGCCUUCCGCAAGAUCAUGGCUGCACGGCAGAAGAAGCGCACCCCGACCAAGAAGGAAAAGGAUCAGGCUUGGAAGAGCCUCAAAGAGCGUGAGAGCAUCCUUAAACUGCUAGACGGUUAAUGCCACAAGAUGCCUGGCCAAGCUUCUCCGUUUGAACCACAGCAGAGGCCCCAGCUUCAGGGGAGAUGGCAGCUGCUGAUGCAGACUACGGCAACAUCCUUCACUGGUUUAUCGUCGCUCCUCUUGCUAUAUUACAGCUGAGGCUCUGGACAGGCUGGCUGCCAGCAGGGUGCCUUCUCUUUUGGGGUGUGGCUUCGAGGCCUCUGCUGUGAAAUGAGAGCCUGGAUCGCUUCAACUGGCAGCCCCCCUUUUGACAUCCGCAGGGACAGUAUGCCGUGGCGUGAAGACGAGACUGGACAAAACCUGUAUUAGCCUUCUGCGCCAAAUACUAGCUUUUAGGACCUGUCAGCAGCAUAAACUGGAGCAGAUGGUGGGCCACUCUUGAAGCUAGAUUUUUUUUUCCUUUUCACUGCUCUUCCUCUGUUCAGGUUAAGGGGAGCAGCAUUUUGGAAGCUGCAGGCACAGUGAAGGUCAGGUGUAGGAGCCUAACUUCUCAAAUGGCUGUCUUUUCUUGCAUUUGGGGACAAUUUAUUGACUCUGUGGCCUCACCGGAUAUAUUUCAUCAGCUCCUGGGGCUGAUCUAAGAUGAAACAGCCAGGGAAGCUCCAAGGCAUGGAAAGAAUUGCUGUUCCAUGGGUGGUGCAAGUAGAUGCCUGUAGUAUUCAGUUUUGAACAGCAGAGGGAACUGUGCCACCUUCUGCGUCUCGCUGUUCAAACAUAGUUACAGUCCAAACCCUGUCAAGGAUGAGGUCUGUACCACUUGGCUGGACAUAUUUCUGUAAGGCAGCUAUGAUGUCUUUACUUCCUGUUUUGCUCAGUGUCUUCCUCUGGUGUAUUGAGGGUUGUGCAUUCUCUCUCCUCCUAGCUCCCUAGAGUGGGUAGGAAGGAGUUGUCCUUCACAGAAGCAAGCAGAGAAACGCUAGUGGGUUCUGGAGCAAAGGGCCAAGCAGAAUAGAACAUUCAACGGUCCAAGGAGAGGAGGGAAAAUGGGUCCAGUAUUUUGGAGGAAUGGACUGAGUGGCCCAGACUCAGCCCAUAUCACUUCCAGAAACACACAAUUCAGUUCCAAAAUUACAGAUGGCUAGGAGGGUAGUGAGGAAACAGAUGGGGGGGACUGGGGAAGGAGAGAUUCCCUCAUCCCUUGGAAUCCGUGUUUUUCCCCAGCCUCACUCAGAAACUCCAAGGAAGUGAGAUAGUAAGCUGGGAAGAACCUUAACUAAUGGCCCUUCAUAAAAAGAGACAUGGAAGAACAGCUCCUCCAUGAGCCAUUCCCAGGGAGGGGAAUGAUCCGCUGUGCUCCCGUAGUGGUUUCCCACAAGCUGCAUAUGGGUUGAACCCAUUUUGGGAGCUCUCAUUUCCACCAGCUAUUUAGCAGGCAAACUGUAUAAAAUGCUGGCAAGUUGGUGGUGGAGGGGCACAGGGGCAGGACAAGGCCAUCUGUGUCUCUUCCUCACUUGGGUAUGGAUAAAUCAUUGCCCCAGGAGCCUGCUUGUCUUCAUCAAAAAGCAGCGUGUAUUUAGUCUGCCUGCCUGUCCAUCUCUCCCUUGAUUAAUUUCACCUGGCCUUGGACUCCCUUUGUAUUGCUGACUGUUCCAGGAUGAAUGUGCUCACUCUUGCUGAAAUUGGUCAUCACACAGUGCUAUAUGCCAUGGGGUGGGGGUCCCUUGGUGAAUUUUGUGUUGAUAGCCACUGGAGAAGAGAUUUGAGCACAUACUUGCCUUUGCCUUGGAUUGUAUCUGCCUGCUGCAUGUAUGGACUUCUUCCACCACCAACUUUUUCAAAGCUUGACUGAUCACUCCUAGUUUUCUUAUUAAGUAUAGGAUGUCUGUUUUACUCCCACCCCCAGUCUGGACUCCCUUUUGCUUCCCUGUUUCCCAGCAAGUUUCAACAUUCUGCCUAUUGUGUGAAGGCUUCAAACUCCAUUGCUUUGAAAAACAUAAAUGGCUUUAGGGAACAGCUAGAAAAUAAAAAAUAUGUGCAUGGCAAAAGGAUGCUAGGUAGAAGAGCUGGCAUUUGGAGAAAAGAUCAGAAUUAUCCCCAAAGAAUUAAUAAAUCCAGGAGCAGCUGGUG